AUGGGGCACACUUUGCUCUGUGUGCUGGGGUUAUUCUUGCUGAAUACACUCCUCUACGGACACGCUGAAGUUCACAACAGGGCUGUUGUAACUCUCCAACCCAACUGGACUCAGAUCUUCAGUGGUGAGACGUUCACUGUCAGAUGUGAGAUCCAGGGAGGAGGAGACACUAAAUGGAUGUAUGAAUGGACACCAACCAAAUUAAACAGACCUCCAACAGACAAAGAAUACAGGAUCAUCAGAGCUACUGUGUCCCACAGUGGAGACUACAGCUGUAAGGGUAGAAGAGACUCAUAUUCCUCAACAAAGUGGAGUGAUGUCAUCAAAUUGACAGUAUCAUCACAGAGACCAAAGGCCGAACUGAGAGCUGACUGGAGAGACUUUCCAGCAGGGGGCAGUGUGACCCUGAGCUGCUCUGUGAACCCGUCAUCUGGUUGGAAAUACUUCUGGUACAGAGGAGAGAAAACCUCUGAACCCCUGAACACACAAGAUGCUGUCUUCAUCUCAAAUGGACAAAUCAGUGUCUCACAGGGAGGACUCUACUGGUGCAGAGGAGGAAGAGGAGACCCAGUUUACUACACAGAGGACAGUGAUGCAAUCGUCCCAAACAGGGCUGUUGUGACUCUGCAACCAAACUGGUCUGAAAUAUACUCAGGAGAGACGAUCACUCUGAGAUGUGAGAUCAAGGACGGAGGAGACACUGAGUGGGAGUACGAAUGGAAAACAACGAGCUCAUACAAACCUUUAAAAGACAGUGAAUACAGGAUUAGAUCUGCUUACUCAUCCCACAGUGGAGACUACAGGUGUAAGGGCAGAAUGAAAAGUGCACAGCAGUCUUCAACAGACUGGAGUGAUCCUGUCAAAUUAACAGUAUCAUACAAGCCCCAGUCUGUCCUCACUGUGUCUCCAUCCUGGCUGAGUCCUGGAGCCUCAGUAACUCUGAGCUGCAGAGUUAAAGAUCCAUCUGCAGGAUGGAGGUUCUUCUGGUUUAAGGCUGUUCCCAAACUAUCAGGCAACUACUACGACCAAGAGCUGCUACCUGGCAGCAGCAACGGGACUGAACAGGAUUCCUACAUCGUUCAUGGACAGACACACACAGCAGGAUAUAAGUGCAGAGCUGGAAGAGGAGAUCCAGUGUAUUACACUUAUUACAGUGAACCAAAGUUUGUCUGGUCUGGAGUUCACAACAGGGCUGUUGUAACUCUGCAACCCAACUGGCUUCAGAUCUUCAGUGGUGAGACGUUCACUGUCAGAUGUGAGAUCCAGGGAGGAGGAGACACUAAAUGGACGUAUGAAUGGACACCAGCCAAAUUAAACAGACCUCCAACAGACAAUGAAUACAGGAUCAGCAGAGCUACUGUGUCCCACAGUGGAGACUACAGCUGUAAGGGUAGAAGAGACUCAUAUUCCUCAACAGAGUGGAGUGAUGUCAUCAAAUUGACAGUAUCAUCACAGAAACCAAAGGCCCAACUGAGAGCUGACAGGAGAACUAUUCCAGCAGGGGGCAGUGUGACCCUGAGCUGCUCUGUGAACCCGUCAUCUGGUUGGAAAUACUUCUGGUACAGAGGAGAGAAAACCUCUGAACCCCUGAACACACAAGAUGCUGUCUUCAUCUCAGAUGGACCAUUCAGUGUCUCACAGGGAGGACUCUACUGGUGCAGAGGAGGAAGAGGAGACCCAGUUUACUACACAGAGGAAAGUGAUGCAAUUGUCACAAACAGGGCUGUUGUGACUCUGCAACCAAACUGGUCUGAGAUAUACUCAGGAGAGACGAUCACUCUGAGAUGUGAGAUCAAGGACGGAGGAGACACUGAGUGGGAGUACGAAUGGAAAACAUCCAGCUCAUACAAACCUCUAAAACAAAGUGAAUACAUGGAAAUCAGAGCCAACGUUAAUAAUCGUGGGAACUACAGGUGUAAGGGUAAAAUGGCUCUGUAUUCCUCAACAGAGUGGAGUGAUCCCUUCACACUGACACUGUCGGCACAGAGACCAAAGGCCAAACUGAGAGCUGACUGGAGAACUAUUCCAGCAGGGGGCAGUGUGACCCUGAGCUGCUCUGUGAACCCGUCAUCUGGUUGGAAAUACUUCUGGUACAGAGGAGAGAAAACCUCUGAACCUCUGAACACACAAGAUGCUGUCUUCAUCUCAGAUCGACAAAUCAGUGUCUCACAGGGAGGACUCUACUGGUGCAGAGGAGGAAGAGGAGACCCAGUUUACUACACAGAGCACAGUGAUCCAGUCAGCAUCAACAAAAUUAUGUCCAACAGGGCCGUUGUGACUCUCCAACCCAACUGGCUUCAGAUCUUCAGUGGUGAGACGUUCACUGUCAGAUGUGAGAUCCAGGCAGGAGGAGACACUAAAUGGACGUAUGAAUGGACACCAGCCAAAUUAAACAGACCUCCAACAGACAAUGAAUACAGGAUCAGCAGAGCUACUGUGUCCCACAGUGGAGACUACAGCUGUAAGGGUAGAAGAGACUCAUAUUCCUCAACAGAGUGGAGUGAUGUCAUCACACUGACGGUAUCAUCACAGAGACCAAAGGCUGAACUGAGAGCUUUCAGGAGAACUAUUCCAGCAGGGGGCAGUGUGACCCUGAGCUGCUCUGUGAACCCGUCAUCUGGUUGGAAAUACUUCUGGUACAGAGGAGAGAAAACCUCUGAACCCCUGAACACACAAGAUGCUGUCUUCAUCUCAGAUGGACCAAUCAGUGUCUCACAGGGAGGACUCUACUGGUGCAGAGGAGGAAGAGGAGACCCAGUUUACUACACAGAGGACAGUGAUGCAGUCGUCACAAACAGGGCUGUUGUGACUCUGCAAACCAGCUGGCCUGAGAUAUACAGAGGAGAGAAGAUCACUCUGAGAUGUGAGAUCAAGGAUGGAGGAGACACUGAGUGGGAGUAUAAGUGGUCAACACCCCACUCAGACACAGUGACAAAACACACAUACGGAGUUAUCAGCGCUACUGUUAACAGUGGUGGGAACUACUGGUGUAUGGGUGAACACAAAAAAACCCAAUUAUAUUCAACAGAGUGGAGUGAUCUCUUCAUGCUGAGAGUGUCGGCACAGAGACCAAAGGCUGAACUGAGCGCUGACAGGAGAGACUUUCCAGCAGGGGGCAGUGUGACCCUGAGCUGCUCUGUGAACCCGUCAUCUGGUUGGAAAUACUUCUGGUACAGAGGAAAGAAAACUUAUAAACCUCUGACCACAAAUGAUGCUGUCUUCAUCUCAGAUGGACAAAUCAGUGUCUCACAGGGAGGACUCUACUGGUGCAGAGGAGGAAGAGGAGACCCAGUUUACUACACAGAGGACAGUGAUGCAGUCAGCAUCAACAAAAUUAUGUCCAACAGGGCUGUUGUGACUCUCCAACCCAACUGGACUCAGAUCUUCAGUGGUGAGACGUUCACUGUCAGAUGUGAGAUCCAGGGAGGAGGAAACACUAAAUGGACGUAUGAAUGGACACCAGCCAAAUUAAACAGACCUACAACAUACAAUGAAUACAGGAUCAUCAGAGCUACUGUGUCCCACAGUGGAGACUACAGCUGUAAGGGUAGAAGAGACUCAUAUUCCUCAACAGAGUGGAGUGAUGUCAUCAAAUUGACCGUAUCAUCAAAGAGACCAAAGGCUGAACUGAGCGCUGACAGGAGAGACUUUCCAGCAGGGGGCAGUGUGACCCUGAGCUGCUCUGUGAACCUGUCAUCUGGUUGGAAAUACUUCUGGUACAGAGGAGAGAAAACCUCUGAACCCCUGAACACACAAGAUGCUGUCUUCAUCUCAGAUGGACAAAUCAGUGUCUCACAGGGAGGACUCUACUGGUGCAGAGGAGGAAGAGGAGACCCAGUUUACUACACAGAGCACAGUGAUCCAGUCAGCAUCAACAAAAUUAAUAGACCCCAGCCUGUCCUCACUGUGUCUCCAUCCUGGCUGAGUCCUGGAGCCUCAGUAACUCUGAGCUGCAGAGUUAAAGAUCCAUCUGCAGGAUGGAGGUUCUUCUGGUUUAAGGCUGUUCCCAAACAUUCAGACUACUCCUACAGCCAUGAGCUGUUACCUGGCAGCAGCAACGGGACUGAACAGGAUUCCUACAUCGUUCAUGGACAGACACACACAGCAGGAUAUAAGUGCAGAGCUGGAAGAGGAGAUCCAGUGAAUUACACUUCUUACAGUGAACCAAAGUUUGUCUGGUUUGCAGACUGCUUAAAGGAGGUAAAAACCUGGAUGGAGUUAAACUUCAGAUGGAGUGGAGGCAACAAUACCAAAUUAAGCCAGAGACCAGAUUUUCAUUCAUCAGCGUCUCUCACAGUGAGUCCUGACAGAGUGCAACACUUCACCUCUGACUCUGUCUCACUGAGCUGUGAGGGAAACUCUACUGAGUGGAGAGUGAGGAGGUUUACUGAGGACGACUACCCGUCAUACUCAUCAUACUGCUCCUACUGGGGCACAAUGACUGGAUCCACAUGCAGCAUAAACAGUAACCAGCAGAGUGAUGCAGUGUACUGGUGUGAGUCUGGAUCAGGAGAGUUCAGCAACGCAGUCAACAUCACUAAACAGAUGUCCAGACCUGAAAGCUCUUCAGUUCCUGUACCGUUGAUUGUUGGGCUGGUUUGUGGAAUCGUAUUUAUUCUUCUUCUGCUCCUUUUGUAUCGCUACAGACCGUCCAAAGAUUCCUGCUCCAUCAGGUCAAUCCAGUCUGAGAGCACUAAUCGAGGCCCUGACACAGUUUAUGUGGUCGACCAGAAUGAGGCUCAACGUGAUGAAUACUCCACGCUUCUCCAUGGUGAUGUUUGUCUCUAUGAAACAAUCAAAGGCUCCAAAGAAAAUGAAAAUGAUUCCUGCUCCAUCAGGCCAAUCCAGUCUGAGAGCACUAAUCGAGGCCCUGACACAGUUUAUGUGGUCGACCAGAAUGAGGCUCAACGUGACGAAUACUCCACCCUUCUCCAUGGUGAUGUUUGUCUCUAUGAAACAAUCAAAGGCUCCAAAGAAAAUGAAAAUGGCGAUGCUUGUCUUUAUGAAACAAUCAAAGGCCCCAAAGACACUGAAAAUGAUGCAGAUGAAUCCCAGGAUGAAGAUGUUCUUUGACUGAACUUAAAAACACUGGGAAGAAAGGGAACAACAUGAACCAGAGGAGAGCUCUGUUGACUCUGAGGUGAAGAUAGGAACCCCGAGUACAGUCAGUUACAACAGGCAUGCUCAGAGUUUGGAUUAACAUGUGUCAGAUCACCAAACAGUUUAACUUUGUCUGUUUCAGGAUGUGAAUGUUAUUGUAUGUGUGUGUCAUUUGUUUCAAUGACAUUUUCAUCUCACAGACAUGGCUGAAACUGAAUAGUUUGUCUCAUUUUUUUUACUCUCCUGUCGUGCUGUUGCAGAUUAUUAAAUUCCCCCUCCACUUUC